AUGGGUUCGAUUGAAACACGUCAAUGGGUUGUACAGAAAUACGGCGGUACUUCUGUGGGGAAGCUACUGGACACCAUCACUGGCACCAUCAUCCCAGACUACUUGGAAAGGUUCAAAGUAGCUGUGGUUUGCAGCGCUCGAUCAGGGACUCAAAAGACGCAGGGAACGACAUCGCUUCUUCUGGAGGCUAUUCAUCUCGCUACCUCCAGCGAGACGUCAACCGUGGAGCUCGAUCAAGUUAUCGACAUCAUCAAGCAAGAGCAUCUUGAGGCCGCGGAAGUUACUGUCGGUGGCGCUGACCAGCGAGAAGGCGCUCAGGCAGUGCUUGGCGAGCUACUUGGGAGCAUCGAGAAUGACUGCGAGCACCUCCGAAGCUUUCUCAAGGCGACAUGGACCAUCGGAGAGAUAUCAGAGCGCACUCAGGAUCGAGUCCUUGCGGUUGGCGAGACACUAGCUUGUCGGCUGGUAGUCGCUUCCCUGAAAGUGAAGGACAUCGAUGCUGAAGUAGUCGUCUUGGAUGAUAUUGUGCAGAAAACCUACGGAAGUCGUCAGAAAGAGCUCGCCGCUGCGUUCAGACGUCACCCUGCAAAGUUUCUGGGAGGCCUGGCAGGCGCAAUUCGAAAAAAGAUAGAUGGUUGCAAAGAGCGGGUGCCUGUCGUUACCGGUUUCUUUGGCGCGAUGCCUGAAUCGCUAGUGAGCAGCGUAGGACGGGGAUAUUCUGAUCUCUGUGCCGCUCUCUGCGCGGUUGCAGUGGGCGCCGAAGAGCUGCAGAUCUGGAAAGAGGUCGAUGGCAUAUUUACAGCAGAUCCUCGAAAGGUGAAGUCGGCCAGACUGCUCGCUACGGUGACUUCGGAGGAGGCUGCCGAGCUUACGUACUACGGGAGCGAGGUGAUCCAUCCUCUGACUAUCGAGCAAAUCUGCAACGCGCAGAUACCGCUGCGAUUGAAGAAUGUAAAACACCCAGAGAGACCAGGAACCAUAGUUUUCCCCUCCCUUGGGUCGCCAGCUACCUCACCAAAGUCUACUCCAGGAAAUUCAUCGCCUAGUCAAUAUCGACGUACGCCCACGGCUGUGACGGCAAAGGACUCCAUUACGGUGUUCAACAUCCGCUCGAACGGUAGAGCAAGACCUCAAGAGUUCCUCGGACAGAUAGCGCAGCGCCUCGGACGCCAUGAUUACACAAUUGAUCUCAUCAGCAGCAGCCAACAGAUGCUAAGUCUUGCAGUCUCCUCUGACGGUUCGAGUAAGAGCAACGGUAACAUCGAAGAAACCGUGGCAGAACUCUCCGAGAUCGGAAUCGUGACCGUGGCCAGACACAUGUCUAUUGUUUCGGUUGUCGGGCAUAAGAUGAAGAAUAUGGUUGGUAUAUCAGGAGAGGUUUUCAGCGCCUUGGCUAGUGCGAGGGUAAACAUCUAUCUGAUCAGUCAAGGAGCCAGCGAGAUAAACAUAUCAUUCGUAGUGAAAGCGCAGGAUGCUCUACUUGCAAUGGAAGUCGUUCACACAAACGUGAUGCGUAUACCUCUACACUCUGAGCAAGAGAACAGCUUCAUUAGAGGCCCAUGGCUGUACUAGUCAAUCGUAUCCCGUGCACUGAAUAAAAAGUUCGACGUUUCACGCAUGUCAUCGGCGUUUAAAAGAAGUUUUCAUGAAGCUAUCGCACAUAUGCAAUACGUCUUCAAGGACUUUGGGUAAAAUUAAUGAUAUUUCGCACAGGGUCAACAAGGUUCUUCAUGGUUUGAAGUUUAGAUUCGUCUUUAAAGGUUAACUGCUGGAUCUAGUGGAUGGAAUUGUAGCAUACUUACGUAGUCUUAUUCUUCUUACUUUAUCUUAUCAUUUUUGACGCCGUCAAUGGCCUCUGUGACUCUGAAUACCCUACUGGUCAG